UUCAACAUCACACAAUUAAAAGCGCAGGACAUUUUAAUGUGGUUCCACGACGCAUCUCUGAACAGAGCUAUAGGCCUAUAGCCCUUUAAAUUCUUUGGAUAUUUACGACCUCGUUUAUUUACACCGCAUACACAUCUUAUCGUUAUCUCAAGCCUUACCUUAUUAUCUAGCUACGAACUUUCAACGUUAACAAAAGCAAAUGUCAUUUCCAUUUCGUUUGCUGUGUCGAGCUUGACCGUUCUGUAUGAUGGUCACACCUUAACAAGUGUAGAAAUAUUCAAGAAUUAUUAUGGAUCUUCUACUGGUAACAUCUUGUAACAACACUAAAGAGCUUAGAUAAAUUCCGGCAUGAAACAUCACGCAGAAGAGCGAUUCAAUUUCCUACACCAAAAAAUUACGAUUCUGUACAAACUGCUACUCGGAUAACGUUUAGCCGUUAGAUAUGGCCAGAAUUAUGCUUAAACCAUUACUUCGAUGCAUCUUCCGUAAAAUAAUGAGGAUGGGGUUCUUACGGCGUCUCCUACUUACUUUUACGGUAGUGGGGAUAUUCAUCUGCACAGGAUAUUUUGUAAUGCAAUCAGAUUUUUACGUCAGAUCGAUGAACCAUCCGGUGAUAUAUGUCUCGGGAGCUGAUCGUGGUAGAUGUUGCGUAAGCAUCCAUAACUCCUUUGAUAUUUGCGGCAGACCGGAUUGCUUAUGGAAAUGUCCCUUGUUCGAACCUCAAUUUCCACUUCCUCGACGUGAUCAAGAGAAGGCAUUUUUUCAUGAAACCUCAGGUGUUCGGGCACUUGACUUCCGCCAAGCCUGUUCUGUUGAAUCUCUCGCAAUAAUGAACCCACACUUGACCGUCAUUUUGCUAAUGAGCGGGAAAGAUAUUGAUUGGAAUUCUACAACUAUGAAAACGUUGGGAAAUUACGAAAACAUAAAAAUCUAUAAUAUUAAUUUAGGUGAUUACUUCAUACAUUCGCCUUUUCGACAAUGGUAUUUCUGCUCUACUUGGAAUUACGGUUCAUUUGCCGUGUCUCAUCUGAGCGACGCACUCCGGUUCCUAACACUGUACAAUUACGGAGGUUAUUACUUUGAUUUGGAUAUAAUAAUGGUUCAACCAGUGACACAUUACCGAAACUUCAUCGUGGCGGAAAACGAGAAAAAUUUGGCUGCUGGAGCACUUCACGUUGAUUACCUACAUCCUGUUAUCCGCAUGGCAGUGGAGGAGUUCCGAGAAACAUACAGAAAGGAUAUUUGGGGUCACAAUGGCCCAUUGCUCCUGACUCGCGUAAUGACAAAAUGGUGUUUGACAGAAAACAUUGCCGAAAUGAAUUCUGAUAGCUGCUACGGUUUUGAGAUUCUUCCUCCAAAAACAUUUUAUCCAAUCGAAUGGCCUAAAUGGUUGAGAUAUUUUUUGGAACAAGAUAUUACGUGGGAUAAUGACACAAUUGGAAUUCACGUAUGGAACCAAAAGAGCGCUGGCCAAGCAGUUUCAAAAACUUCCGAACAAGUAUACACCAAACUUGCUCGUUCCCAAUGUCCUUCGAUUUUUGCGAUGGCUCCUAAUGUGUUUUAAUAGUUCGUAUUUCUACAGCGGUAGAACCGUCUCUCAACAUUUGGUUUCCUAAUUCUUAUUUUCAAGGUUCAUUCUUCAAAGAAUACAAGUUUUUCUUAAAUA